AUGGAUUGGGAUUGGAAGGAGUUUGCUUGGGAUCCAUCUGGGUUGGAGGAGAUGAAGAAUGAAGGAGAUUCAAUGGAUUUGAGGCUUGGUGAGGCUUCUGAUUCGUUGGAAAAAUCGGUUCGGGAUGAUGGGAGAAAGGGUGAUGAUUCGAAAGGUGUGUCGUCGUUUUCUGGAUCGUCGAAGAGAUCGCGGUUGCAGAAUGGAUUGAUGAAUAUGAUUUGCUCGGUUGAUGGAUGUAAGGAGGAUCUUAGUGAUUGUAGAGAGUAUCAUAAGCGGCAUAGGGUUUGCGAGAAGCACUCGAAAACUCCUGUUGUGUUGGUUGGAGGUAAGCAGCAGAGAUUCUGCCAACAAUGUAGCAGGUUUCAUUCGCUUGCGGAGUUUGAUGAGGUUAAGAGGAGUUGCAGGAAACGGCUUGAUGGGCAUAAUAGGCGGAGAAGGAAACCUCAACCACCUUCUCUUUUCAUGGCUGCUGAGAAAUUUAUGUACAAUUACAAAGGUCCUAGAAUCCUGCACUUUGGAAGCCCUCAGGCAUAUGUGAAUCCUGUUAUGAGAAACAUUUGGCCUGCCGCCGCAUUAACCGAAGCUGAGCCAGGUUAUGACCAUCACCGACUUUUGUAUCGAAUCGACAAAUAUAAACAGGAUAAAGGACAUCCUCUUUGGCAAGAAACUGUCCCUAAAGCCGGCGAUGUUAACCAAGCAGCGCCAGGAGUUUCUAUCAGCCAGCCUAUCCGCGGUGGGGUUGGUUCGUCCACAGGUGGAAAAGGCGGUAGGAAGCUCUCUUCUGAUAGCAAACCUGGAUCUUUUGACUCGGGUUGUGCUCUCUAUCUUCUGUCAACACUUCAAUCACAAAGUUCCGAGUUGAGUUUGAUGCAGUCCAGCAUCAACGACAGUCCAACACAGUCUUCAUCCGGAACGCUGCGUUUUGAUGCCACGAACGAGUACUUGUGCUCGGGAAAGGUUAAAGAUAAGCCUAAUAAUGGUCAAGUAUUUGUUCUUGAUGCAAACACAACAAACCUUCAAUGUAAUGGGAUGCUGCAAAUGGGACCUAAUAAUGGUUCGACGGAAAAUGAAAACUCGCUGACACUUCCAUUUUUCUGGGAGUAG